AGACAGGCCAAUAUUGGCAGACAAAUCAAAAAAAUGGCAAUUAAAAGUUUUAUAUUGCUUAGCCUGCUGCUACUAGUUCUUGGCUCAGUAGAGACUACAAGUGUAGCUUUUUCAGGCAACUAUGAUCCUAUUUCACUUAACCGGAGCAGUUUUCCGGCAGGUUUUCUUUUCGGGACAGCAUCAGCGGCUUACCAGUAUGAAGGUGCAGCACAUGAAGGUGGUAAAGGACCAAGUAUUUGGGAUACUUACGCUCAUAGAUAUCCUGGCAAAAUACUGGACGGUAGCACUGGAGAUGUGGCUAAUGAUGAAUAUCAUCGGUACAAGGAAGAUGUUGGGAUUAUGAAAGAGAUGGGCUUAGACGCUUACAGAUUUUCCAUCUCCUGGUCUAGAAUAUUGCCAAAAGGCAAAUUAAAUGGAGGAGUUAACAAAGAGGGAACCAAAUACUACAACAACCUCAUCAAUGAGCUUCUAGCCAAUGGCAUUCAACCCUUUAUAACUCUCUUCCAUUGGGAUCUUCCUCAAGCUUUGGAAGAUGAAUAUGGCGGUUUUCUUAGUUAUAAGAUUGUGGAUGAUUUUCGAGACUAUGCGGAAAUAUGUUUUAAACUUUUUGGAGACAGAGUGAAGCAUUGGAUCACAUUGAACGAGCCAUGGAGCUAUAGUGUUGCUGGGUAUGCUAUGGGGGCGUUAGCACCGGGUAGAUGUUCGAGUUGGUUAGAAUUGAAUUGUACAGGGGGCGAUUCAGCAACCGAGCCAUACAUUGUCGCUCAUAAUCAGCUUCUUGCUCAUGCUGCUGCAGUCAGAUUGUACAAGACCAAAUUUCAGGAAAAGCAGAAGGGAAUAAUAGGGAUUACUUUAGUAUCAAAUUGGUUUAUCCCCUACUCGAAUGCCAAGCAUCAUCGAAAUGCUGCAAAACGAGCUAUUGAUUUCAUGUUCGGAUGGUUUAUGGAUCCGAUAUCAAAUGGCGAUUAUCCCCACACAUUAAAAUCUCUAGUUGGGGAUAGAUUACCAAAAUUUUCAGAGGAGCAAUCUAAAAUGGUUAAAGGGUCGUUUGAUUUUCUUGGAUUGAACUAUUAUACUUCUAACUAUGCAGCAUAUGUACGCUAUUCUAAUACUAUUAAUGCUACCAUUUUAACCGAUGCUCGAGCCAAUCUUUCAACUGAGCGUAAUGGAAUUCCAAUUGGUCCUAAGGCUGCUUCAGAAUGGCUCUAUGUAUAUCCAAGAGGAAUUAGAGAUCUUUUGCUCUACACCAAAAAAAAGUACAACAAUCCACUUAUUUACAUCACUGAGAAUGGAAUUGAUGAGUUCAAUAAUGCUACAACAUUAACACUUGAAGAGCAACUUGCUGACAAUAUGAGGAUCGAUUAUUACUAUAAACAUCUUUCUUUCCUUCAAAGAGCAAUCAAGGAUGGUGCGAAUGUGAAGGGGUAUUUUGCAUGGUCAUUACUGGAUAACUUUGAAUGGGGUUAUGGUUACACCGUACGUUUCGGAAUCAAUUAUGUUGAUUACAAAGAUGGACUGAAGAGAUAUCCCAAACUUUCUGCUCAUUGGUUCAAGAAAUUCCUCAAGAAAUAGAUUACUUAUAUAUAUUUCAUUGCGAAGCUUGUUCUGAGACAUUUAAAUUAUGUAUUAAAAAAAUUCUACGGAAUUUUAUAGUCUCUUAAUUAAAAAAUAAAGGUAUAAUUAAUACAUUUUCUUCCAGUAACAACACAGAUGUUAUAUAA